CCCUGAAUCCUGAGCAGUGCCAUGUGAUCGAGCUGGAGAAGCGGACAGUCUUUUAAACCGAUCAGAAGCUGAACUGCUCUUAGAGUCACGGCGUGAAUAAACAAGAGCAACUUCAAACAAAGUCGCCACUUGGAAAAUGCAGGCGUGAACCUCAACGGGUUUAAAACAGUCACAUAGAAAGAAAGAAAGUUGUUGUCGAAGCCGAGAAGGGAAAACCUGCCCUGAUACAUACAUGUACAGCACCGGGACUCGAUGUCCGACAGACGGAAAACUGGGGUAGAAAAACUUUGGACGUUUUUGUUUGGAUUGUGAAUUGGGUUAUGGGAUCUGAAUGAACCUGAGAUCAGAUUAAAACGUUUACAAACAAUGUUAUUUUCAGAAAAUCCCAGUAAUACUUUUGUUCGGCAGCGGUGUAGCCUCUGAGACUGUAAACGGUACAAAUCGUGUCUUUUCUUCCUUCUUUCAUUCUGAGUGGGAAAACUAAAGGAGAUGAAAAGGACUGGAAACUUUUAGUUAACGUGCGGACACGGAGAAAGUUACCUGCUGGGUUUGUUUACAUACAUCAACAAAGUCGCCUUUUUAAUUUUACAUAUCUGCUGCUUUAUAAACCGGAUGGUCACAAAGCCUAGCUAACUGCUAGCUACAUCACCUCUCCAUGGUAAAUAAACACCAACCGGUGCUGACGUUAGUUAAGUCGGCGUUGGUUCAUUACUAUGGAAAACGCUUUUAGGAACCAACUUGUCCCGAGGAUGGAGUCGGGGAUUUACCGUGGGACUGUGAACGGCAUGGACACGGAGUCGCUGACAGGAGACGGUGACUCGGUGCAGGGAGCCGCUGUUACUGUAGACCAGGUGCUCGACAGCAUUUUGAUGGAGUCCUUCUGCCAGCAACAAGGAUGGAUGCGCGUAUAUGACGUAAAGGGGCCGCCAAGCUACCACUUCUCUUGUGGCCAGUCACCCUUCUCCGAAUCCAGCGUCUGGGAAAAGAAGUACUGCAUCCUGACUGACAACCAGCUCAUCCUGCUCAACCGCAAGGAAGAAAUGCCUGCAGAGAAAAUGCAUGAAAGUCCCACAGCUUCAUCAUCCAAUGGUCGCAGCCUGAGAAGAACUGUCAGUGUGCCCUCUGAAGGACAGUUCCCAGAGUAUCCAGCAGAGGGAGCGUCAAUGUUGGAAGUAUCCUCAGAUCGCUCUCCCAGACGGAGGAGCAUCUCUGGCCUUGGCAGCUCUGACAAGAACAUCUCAGUGGAUGGGCCCAACUCCUCUCCCUUCAAAGUGCCAGGUUUUUUCAGUAAGCGAAUAAAGGGGUCGAUCAAGAGGACAAAGAGCCAGACCAAACUGGACCGGAACCCAAGCUUCAGGCUACCAUCACUGCGGCCUACUGAGAAUGACAGGUCCCGAGGCCUGCCCAAGCUGAAAGAGUCCUGUUCACAUGAGUCUUUGCUCAGUCCGAGCAAUGCUGCAGAGGCACUAGAUCUCAGCAUGGAAGAGGAUGUGUACAUUAAACCACUUCACAGCAGUGUGCUGGGACAGGAGUUCUGUUUUGAGGUGAUAUACUCAGGGGGCAGUAAGUGCUUCAGCUGCUCCUCAGCUUCUGAGAGAGACAAAUGGAUGGAGAACAUCAGGAGAACUGUGCAACCAAAUAAGGACAACUGCCGGCGUGCAGAGAAUGUGCUUCGCCUUUGGAUCAUUGAGGCGAAAGACUUGCCACCCAAAAAGAGAUACUUCUGUGAGCUGUGCCUUGAUGAUGUACUGUACGCACGUACCACCAGCAAAGUGCGCUCAGAUUCCCUAUUCUGGGGUGAGCACUUUGAGUUUGGUGGUCUGCCUGCUAUCAACAGCAUUAUUGUACAUGUAUACCGUGAUGCUGACAAGAAAAAGAAAAAAGACAAGAGUAACUACGUUGGACUGGUGAACAUCCCAGUACAGGCUGUGAGUGGACGCCAGUUUGUGGAGAAGUGGUACCCAGUGAGCACACCCACUAGCAGCAAGGUGAAAGGCGGCGGCCCCUCCAUCCGUAUCAAGUGCCGCUUUCAGAGCAUUGCAAUCCUGCCCAUGGAACUCUAUAAGGAAUUUGCAGAAUUUGUUACCAACAACUACACUAUGUUGUGUUCAGUGCUCGAGCCUGUUAUCAGUGUGCGGAAUAAGGAGGAGAUGGCCAGUGCACUUGUGCAUAUACUGCAGAGCACCGGCCGGGCAAAGGACUUUCUGACCGAUCUGGUCAUGUCUGAGGUGGAUCGGUGUGCAGAUCAUGACGUGUUGAUCUUCCGAGAGAACACACUGGCGACCAAAGCCAUAGAAGAGUACCUCAAACUUGUAGGUCAGAAGUAUUUGCAUGAUGCCCUAGGAGAGUUUAUCAAAGCUCUGUAUGAAUCAGACGAGAACUGUGAGGUGGAUCCAUCAAAGUGCCCCAGCAGUGAGCUGCCAGAACAUCAAAGUAACUUAAAAAUGUGCUGUGAGCUAGCCUUCUGCAAGAUCAUCAACUCCUACUGUGUUUUUCCACGGGAGCUGAAGGAGGUGUUUUCCUCAUGGAAGCAACAGUGCCAGGCUCGGGGGAAGCAGGACAUAAGCCAGCGUCUAAUCAGUGCCUCACUGUUUCUACGCUUUCUCUGUCCAGCCAUUAUGUCACCAUCUCUCUUCAACCUGAUGCAGGAAUAUCCUGAUGACCGUACAUCACGCACCCUCACCCUCAUUGCUAAAGUCAUCCAGAACCUUGCUAAUUUCACCAAGUUUGGCAACAAAGAGGAGUACAUGGCUUUCAUGAAUGAUUUUUUGGAGCAUGAGUGGGCAGGCAUGACCCGCUUCCUGCUGGAGAUCUCCAACCUUGAAACCAUUUCCAGCACCCCGGGCUUUGAGGGUUACAUUGACUUGGGCCAUGAGCUCUCUCUGCUGCAUGCUCUGCUGUGGGAGGUGGUAUCUCAGCUAGACAAGGGUGAUAAUUCCUUCCUGCAGGCAACGGUGGCCAAACUGGGGCCUCUGCCACGUAUCCUGGGUGAGAUCACACGCUCACUGUCCAGCCCCACACCAAUGCAGCAGCAGCUGAGACGUUUCCAAGACCAUGGCUCUGCCCAUAACCUCACUGGCAGCGUGUCUUCAGGACUGCAGAGGAUAUUUGAGGACCCGAACGACAGUGAUAUUCAGAUUGUCAAAUCUCCAUUGCAAGAACAUACAGAAGUUCAGUCACGUGGAAAGCCCCCCUUAUUGUGCCAGCAGCCAUCCCUGCAAAGCAUGAGCUUCUCCGACAAAGAGCGAGAGAGCCACCUCCCUAAUGGGCGCAGCAUCUCCCUGAUGGACCUACAGGACUCGCAGCUUCUUCAUGAUGUCCCACCAAAAAUAGGCCGUGUUGGUUCCCAAGCAUCCAUUGGCCCACUGCCUCCCUCUCUUCAGCACCUCCAUCACCACCAUCCACAGCAACAGCAGGCCAAAGUGGUCACACUAAGGGAAAAUGUACCCCAGAGUGCACCACAGGUUCGCAGGCCUUUGCAACUAUCUUUAAGCCAGCAGCGCAGCCUCCAGCCACUCUGCUUUCAGAACCCGGUAUACCAGCUAAGCAGUAUGCAUGCAGUGCGCUCAGCUCAGGCACCACUACAGGCCCAUUCCAGCUCAGAGAACCUAAGCACAGCAAGCUCUCACAGUGCCAGCCCCAGCAUUGCACCAAGGAAAAUGUUGCCCUCCACCACCAGUCUUGAGGAAGAAGAAGCACCCUCUCCCUGCUGGCAUACAACCUUAGUUGAUGCCCAACCAGGGCCACAGGUAAUGGCUGUAGCCAGGCAGAGUGGUGCAGGGACUGCACAUAUUGUAAAAGUGGAACAGCAAAGUAGGUCAAAUGGAGGGCUAUCGCACCCACUGCCACAUAGCAACUCACUACGCAGCAGCAGCAGUAUCAAUACAGACCCACAACAACAAAGUGAAGUCAGCUCCAGACAGCAGUCCAUCUGCUCACGAGAUGGCCCUAUCCCAAACAAUAGAACUAACAGACAGAUGCACUCUCCUGUAGAGUCAGUCACCAUGUCUCCUGUUGAGCGAACAGCAGCAUGGGUGCUGAAUAAUGGCCAGUAUGAGGAGGAUGAGGAGGAAGGCCACAGUAAGAAGGAAAGCAAGCAUGUGGAGAAGUAUGAGCAAGAGAUCACAAAGUUAAAAGAGCGGCUGUGUGUGUCUGGGCGCCGCUUAGAAGAAUAUGAACGGCGGCUUGCAGCACAAGAGCAGCAAAUGCAGAGGCUGCUGAUAGAGUACAAGACUCGCCUGGAGGACAGUGAGGAGCGUCUGCGGCGACAACAGGAGGAGAAGGACAGCCAAAUGAAGAGCGUUAUCUGCAGGUUAAUGGCAGUGGAAGAGGAGCUGAAGAGAGACCAUGCAGAGAUGCAAGCGGUUAUAGAUGCAAAGCAGAAGAUCAUAGAUGCACAGGAAAAACGGAUCAGCUCCCUUGAUGCAGCUAACUCUCGCCUUAUGAGUGCCCUCACCCAGGUCAAAGAGCGCUACAGCAUGCAUAACCUUCGCAAUGGCCUCUCACCUACUAACCCCACCAAGCUCUCUAUCACGGAGAAUGGUGAGUUCAAGAACAGCAGCUGCUGAUUAGCCUGCUUGCACCUGGUGAACGGUGCUAGCUCAAUCACUGGCAUCAGUUAGGACUAAGGUGCCAGUGCCAGUGGCCAUGUUCUCUGACUACUAUAUAAAAUCUUGCAAGGAAUGUCUGGUUACAAUGUAUAUAGAUUGCAUCUUGCAUUGAGCUUGUACAGAAAAAGAAGCAAAUCAGUUAAAGAGUUUAAAAUUGAUUUAGUUUUUUUGUUUUUAAUAUUAAUAGUACCGUACAUGAGGGUUACGAUUUCAAACGAUUUUGUUAAAGUAUUGUUCAACUACAAUAUUAUAUAUUGAGGAUAUGUACAUAUCAUAUAAUAGAACUGUUUGAAAGAAAUGUGCCAUAAAGCACAUAGAACAGGUUUGUAGCUCUUAUUAACAAACAAACAGAAGGUGGUUUUAUGCACUCAAUUUUAUAGCUCGUAAUUUCUUGGUUUUUGUUUUGCCAGGUCUUUGUAUUUUGUUGUUUGUUUUGAUUUACUUUACUUUAAAAUUAUCUGAUUUAAUGUCAAGUUCAAAUCAAGUGGCUGGAUGGGUGGGGGUUUAUAUCAGCUUCACACCAAUGAAAAAGGUCAACAAUAACUUGACUUAAUGGAGAAGUAAAUUUAUCUGUGUUUUUCAUCCUGCACUCUAUUUGGCAGAAAUCGUAUGUACUUUUUAAACAUCCCAUUCCAUUCUAUGAAGCCUUUCAACAAGAUUUUUUAGUAUGGAUUUAUGAAUUUGCUCAUUCAGCAACAAAACCAUUAGUGCAAACAUGUACUGGUGUUUGAUUUGUUUCAGUCGGUGUUCAGUUGGUUUGAUGACCGGGUGUUGUGCAGAACACUAGCAUGCCUAGACAGGGUUUGCACUCUGCACAGAGCCUUGACCUCAACCCAACUUGCUCAGUCCAACUUUAUUUCAACUGUUUGGUGAAGAACCACUUUGGAUGAGAUGGUCGGCUGUUUUCAUACUUUCAGCCAUAUAGUGUAUUAUGUUUUCAGAUUUGCCACUCUGGUGUACCCCUCUGAAUCUAGCACCAGUAUUCCCAUUCAAAUCCUAAUGAAUACAUUAUCAGUCCUGUCUAAUACAAAUUUAACACUCGUGCUGCUUUUUAUACAGUGGUUCAGACAGAUAAUCUGUCAAUUCAGUUACUUGCAAAACUGUCCUUUUACAAUCUUAUUUCAUGUUUGUCACUGACUACUAUUAAACCACACUGUUCAACAUAAUGUCUUCACUCUGAUGUUAACAACAUUUUGUAUCACAUAGACACUGAAUGCAUUUUGCCGUUGUCAAUGUUCUGUAACAUUAUGACAAGACUGUGAGGAAUAAAUAUGUUUUAGACUCCAUUUUAUUUUAAACUGCAUUUGAAUUAAAUGUAUUUUAUAAUAAGUGCUUUAACACUGUUUCCCCCUUUAAACCAAUAAAUUUCCUCCUUGUA